UUUUGUUGGCCCUCGUAUUCCUUCUCCUAAUAUUUGUUGCCAUACGUUGUGAUGAUUGUGGAGGAGUGGGUGGUGAGAUUCGCGCCGGUACAACGCCACGGAAAGCCCACAGUGGAUCCUCACACGACAGUAGUGUGCCAGCAGUCGAGCGUGCUCAGUUGGCUGUUCCACGGGUUUUCAAACGCAGCCCGAGUCGUCCGUUGAGUCAGGAGUCCAAGACUGUCGUGUGCGUAUUUAUAGAAAAGGUGGACGCCACUUGGGCCACAUAAUACGGAAAAAUUGCCAUAAUCUCUCGCGUUUAAUCCAGUGUGUCAUCCAAAAAUGAUUUCUGUCUAGCAUCACCCAGUGGAGACACGCCAGUGCGAGCAGCGAGGCACUCUCGAAUGAAUCGACUCAAGGUAGCAAUUCAAUUGCUCUACACUUCGCAAUUUGAAUAUUAAACAGAUUUCAUUCUCCAUCUGAGACAUUUUCUUCUGGAUUUUGAGGAAAAGCACCAAAGAGCAGGAUGGAUCCCAGUGUUCUUUCGACCAUGGACAGAGAAGCAUUGAAAAAACAGAUUGAAAAUAUGAAAUAUCAAGCUUCAAUGGAACGAUGGCCCCUGUCAAAAAGUAUAGCAGCGAUGAGAGAAUAUGUGGAAGAAAACGAAAAAAAUGAUCCACUCAUUCAUGCUCCGGACAAGAAGAAUAAUCCGUGGGCCGAGAAGGGUAAAUGUGUCAUCAUGUAAUUAAGUGUAAGGGUAUAAGUUUUCUUUUUUCGGAAGAAAAACCACCAUCAACAAUUUUACCGGAGAUUUCUUCGUUCACGUAUUUUCGAUAUAUAAAAAAAGAAACCCAAAAAAUGCCAUUAUAAAUCAUCUUCACGGAGGAUUUAUGGAGGAAUAUAAUUAAUGAGGAUUUUAGGAGAAAAGAAAUAAUUGUAAAAGUUUGGAGAAGAAAAGAACAACGUGCGGCAAUUAAAUGUAAAGAAUUAAUAAUAAUAGUGUGUGUAUAAUCUCGAUUUUACACAUUAAUAUUUAUUAUUGACUUUAGUGUGGAAUCAAUUAUGAAGAACCGAUUGAAUAUUUUAUAUUUUCAUACAAACGUGUUCAUUUUGAUCACUGUUUUUUUGUUCACGAAUUCAAAUUGGCAGCGUGUAUAUUGAUUGAAUCCUUAUUAUUGUUCUUGAUGAAGACAUAAAUCUAUAAUAAACAAUAACGUCAGUCCACUCAUACUUUCAUAAUACAUAGUAAUUUUAAAAAUAGAAAGAUUAAAUGAAUGAACAUUUCAUUUUAUUUGUUAUUGAAUAGCGUUUAUACUUCUUGCGAUAUUAAUAACUAAAUUAAAAUAGAAAUAUACAUACAUGCAUUAUUUGAGAAGAUGAAAAUCUAAAAUGAAGACCAAACUUAACAGGUUAUCCAAAAUCUAUCAAUUUCACAUUAAAUGGGUAAAAGUAUAUAAGAUAAAAACAUAGCAAAGAAAUUUGAAAAAAAUGAGGUGUUUUUUUAUUGAAGAGGUUAAACAACUAAUAUACAUAAAUAAUUAAGUAAUUUAUUAAUAAAGAAAAAAAAACCAAGUAAAAUGAAAUGAUAUAUAUUAUAACCAUGUUUAUCAUAAGUUGUGUAAUAUGUAUUACCAAUUCUUUGCAGUUUUACAGCAUAACAAAUCACUUUUUAUUCCAAAUCUAUGUAUCUCCCUAUCUAUAGCAAUGAUUGAUUUAUCUUUUGUUCAUUUGAGGAAAAUAAUGAGAAAUCAGGAUAUCUUUUCAGAUGCCAAAUUAGUCCUUGUAUUUGAAGAAGAAAAAUAGUGAGAUAAACAAGCAGAAUUAAUCAAUUUCUAGAAGUGAAAUAGUGUUCAAUCAAAUAUAUACUAUAUACUCUCAUAGUAAAUUUAAAAAUACGUUUCUCAUCUACACUCUAAAGUCUAUACUAAGGCAUAUUCAAAUAAAAUAUGAACUUUAUGUAAGGUUAUAAUUUAUCGAAAUUGUUUCUGUUUCUAUUUCGUCCUUUAUGUACUUCAUCAGUGAAAUAACAAAGAGAAAAAAAUGAAAUGCUAGAAUGAAGGUAACAUAACAUUAAUCUCGAGUAAACAUAGCUGAAUGAAUAAAUUAAAUGCAUAAUAAAUAAAAGAAAUAAUACAAUGGUGUUUAAGAAAGAAAGAAGUAAAAAUUCAUCAAAAAUAAAUAUAUGGUAAUAAAAAAUUA